AUGAGCUUCAAAGCUAAAGAUCUCCACUUCGAUAACUCACAGCCCGCCUUCCUACAACGUCUGCGCGGUCAGUUGGCAGGCGGAGACUCAGCCCGCCAUGAGCAGCCGAUUCUCAGAAACAAACGGAUGAAGCAAGAUGACGAUGAAGAUGAUGCGCCCACCUAUGUACUCGAGGAGACGAACCAGUCGCUGACCAAGGAAGAGUACGAUGCACUUGUAUCGGGGAAAGACAAUGAAGAAGGCGAAAAGUCCACAGGGGAUGGUGCCCUAAAAGAGCGGGUUGUGGAGGGAGACGAGAAGCCAAAGGACAAGAUCGUUGAGGUUGGUGUGAAUGCAAAGAAGCGGAAGGCCGCGAAAAUAAUAAGCGAUGAGAAUGAGCAGAGCAAGGAAGAGGACGGAAAGGCCGUCAAGAAGGCAGAUGGCAAAGUUAUGAAGAAGACAAAGAAGAAGGCGAAGGCCGUAAAGCUCACCUUUGGCGACGAAGAAGAGGGGUGA